AUGGAUCCACCGGUCAAAAUCACCUUCCAACUGGAGGACUUUCCAACCACACCCACUGGAACCGGAGACGGACUCUGCCAGGAAUGUUACGAUUCAUUCAAACCUGUCGGACCAGCGAGGCGGAAAGUACCGCGCAUCUCGAGUUUGCGAGUGUCCAGCAAGAGCUGCCAAGGCUGCCAAACCCUCCUCGAUUUCUUUACAGCUGCGCAACGUCAAUCUGUCUAUCCGGUUUCUGCAUCAAACCCCGUGGACCUCAAAAGAAGUUGGGCGUACUGGGUAUCAGAAUACUCUCAGAAGAAACACACGAACGAGAGUCAGGCAAUCGCUCUGUCUGGUUUGAUCACUUUCGUGCAGGAUCUAAAGAAGGAUGAACCACUACUGGGGCUUUGGAAGCAAGAGCUUGCGGAGGGUCUCCUGUGGGAAAGAGGGAUCUGGCAUGAGCCAGCACCGCGGAAACGUAUCGCACCAUUUCCAUCAUGGACCUGGAUGAGCUUACCAGGAGCCGUCCAAUACCCAAGCUUCCGCCUCACUUCGAAACACAUCGAGCUUAUCCAUCCCCGCAUCUGCUGGUCGCAGGGUGAAUACGACUCCUCUCUCGAAAUUGCCGAACUCUUGCUACGGGCGAAAGUGCUCAAAGGAACGCUGACCUACCACGGUCGCGAAUCGGCUCAAUCUUCACUCUAUGUCGAGAUCGGCUCCUCCAAGGUUCCUCUGUUCGAGCGCGUGGACAUUCCGGAUUCGUAUUACGACAAUACUACGGUCCAACUGAUUCUUAUUGGAGGCACGGAUCGACAUUGGUUUUUCCUUAUCGCAAGCAACGUUGUCAACCCAGAGAGGAAUCCCUACGUUCGGAUUGGGCGCGCUUAUAGUCCAUGUGACCGGGCCUUCAAAAAACUGGAGGAGCAUUUCAAAACCGUCAACUCCCAGGUACUCAAUCUGCGAUGA